CUGUUUUUGCCUUUUUGGUCAGACACUUGUUCCGUGUUCAGUUCAACCUUGCAAAUUCCCCAUUUUUUGCCCAAUUGUUUUCUCCCAGUCCUCUCUCCAAUUCCUACCUUUGACCAAUGCAACGCCCAAGUCACGAAACCACCACAGAAGAUUCCAUAUCCCAUCGUUUACCAAACACAGCAACCUCCUGGUCCUCGACCAUCUGAAUCCGGGUUAGGGUCCAACAACUGCAUGCAACCCGGACCCUGGUUUGAAUAAGCAGCAACCAUCCAUCCAUCCAUCCCCAAUUCCCCAUCUGUUGUUUGUUUGAGAAGCAAAUAAUAAUGGGAGGAGGAGGAGGAGGCCAAGUGUUUCAAAGAAUAUUUGAGAAAGUGAAUAUCCUAAUCCUACUAUACACGCUAAGCUCAGAGGAAUCGAUCAUCAUCAUCAUCCCCAUCAUGAUUGCAAGAUUAGAAAAUGUCCAACAACACCAACAGCCACUAGCGGCCGCCCACAACAAAAGUAUCUAGCUAGCUCUCACAGACGUACAUAUAGAUUGGUGCCCCAUUGAUUGGGGGUUGAUUAAAAUGAAGGCGACGUGUUUGGUAAAAUGAGUGACUUAGACUCUGCGCCCGGCCAAGUCUUCUUCAUGUCUUCUUCUCUUGUUCCGAUGAAACACGACAAGGAGCCAGAGGUCCCAACAUAUCCAAGAGUGGAACUGAUCUUUUCUACUAAAUGGGUUUUCGUUCUGCUGCUUCUACUUGUUCUUCUUCCUUGCUCUGUCUCUGCUGUCUGUAUCAAAGUGGAUCAAGAUGCUCUUUUGUCUUUGGAGCAAUCUUUCAAGGUUUCCUCCCCGUUGAAUUGGUCUGUUUCUUCUGAUUGUUGCCUCUGGGAAGGAAUACUCUGCGGCCCCGAUGAUGAUCGAGUUGUCAGUCUAACCCUGCCAGGGAGAGGAUUAAGUGGUCCGAUCAGUCCAGCUAUCACUAACCUCACAUUUCUCACCCACCUUAAUCUCUCCCACAAUUAUCUUUCGGGUCUUCUACCUGAUGUUUUGUUUCAAUCCCUGUUUCGCCUUCAAGUUCUGGACUUGAGCUUCAAUCGGCUCAAUGGUAAUCUACCACUUUCAUCUAACGAAACCAGCAAGCUUCAGAUUGUAGAAUUGUCAAGCAAUUACUUCAAUGGAACAAUCCCAUCUUCGAUCCUCACCCCAUCCGUUGCUGCAGGCUCUCUCGCCACUUUCAAUGUCAGCAAUAACAGCUUUGCUGGCUCCAUUCCCAUCUCUGAGUUCUGCAAAAAUGGUAGCAAUCACAGCAACCUCACCAUCCUGGACUUCUCCUUCAACAAAUUCAGUGACCCAAUUUCCACCGGACUCGGUUCUUGUUCGAAGCUCCAAGUCUUCCGGGCAGGCUUCAAUAAUCUGUCUGGUCCUCUCCCUGGUGACAUUUUCGACCUUGCUGAUCUCCAACAGCUUUCUCUGCCUGUCAAUCGCUUGGCAGGACACAUUGGUGAUGGCAUUGUGCGUUUAACCAAUCUGAAGGUGCUGGAGCUCUACUCGAACCAAUUGGCGGGGCCAAUACCAAGCCAAAUUGGUAACCUUUUCAGGUUGGAACAGCUAGCUCUCCACAUCAACAACCUCACAGGUGCCUUGCCUGCAUCUCUCAACAACUGCACAAAUCUAUCCACCUUGAAUUUGCGGGUCAAUUAUAUGUCUGGACAACUCUCUGCCUUCGACUUCUCUACACUCCAACGCCUCACCACACUCGACCUUGGCAACAACAACUUCACUGGUGAGUUACCACAAAGCCUCUACUCUUGCAAGUCACUAACAGCAGUUAGAUUCGCUAAUAACCAGCUCAUAGGCCAGAUAUCACCUGAAAUAGGUGGACUAGAGUCCCUGGCUUUCCUAUCCAUCUCUAACAACCACUUAAGCAAUGCCGCUGGGGCUUUUGAAAAUUUAAGGAGUUGUAAGAAUCUGACCACUCUGGUGCUAUCCAAGAGUUUUAUGAAUGAACCCUUGCCGGAUGAUAAAAGCCUAGUAGACUCUGGUGGAUUUCAGAAUAUACAGGUUUUUGCCCUGGGUGGCUGCAAUUUCACAGGUCAAGUUCCUACCUGGCUUGGCAAGCUUAAGAAACUUGAAGUCUUGGACUUGUCAGUUAACCUCUUAACAGGUCCAAUUCCCAGUUGGUUUGCUACUCUGCCUAGCCUUUUCUACAUGGAUUUGUCCAAUAAUAACCUUACUGGAGGAUUUCCGAAGGAGCUCUGUGGGAUGCCAGGUUUGACAUCAAAAGAGGCCAGCAGUCUAGCAAAGAGCAGUAAUCUAGAGUUGCCAGUAUUUGUGAUGCCUGAAAAUGCAACUAGUCAGCAGUACAAUCAGCUGUCCAGCCUCCCUCCAGCUAUAUAUCUUGGUAAUAACAGCCUUAGCGGCAAUAUCCCCAUUGAGAUAGGGCAAUUGCAGUUCAUUCUUGUGUUGGACCUUAGUGAUAACGGCUUCUCUGGCAGCAUCCCGGUUCAGAUAUGUAAUCUCACCAACUUGGAGAAAUUGGAUCUCUCCCACAACAGACUAUCUGGUGAAAUACCUGCUGCUCUCAAAGAUUUGCACUUCAUGUCUUCCUUCAAUGUGGCAUACAAUGAUCUUCAGGGACCUGUGCCAUCUGGAGGUCAGUUUAAUACUUUUACCAACUCGAGCUUUGAAGGGAAUCCAGGCUUAUGUGGCCCUCAGACUGCACAGCACUCUUGCUCUCAAUCAACAGCAUCUCCACCAGUUCAUAGUAGGAGGUCAAACAAAAUCCUUCUGAUUGGGCUUGCAUCUUCUAUUUGUUUUGGCAUUGUUUUUAUCAUUGCAAUGCUAGCUGUGUGGGUGUUGUCUAAGAGAAGAAUUAUUCCAGGAGGUGAUUCUGACAAGAUGGAAUUGGAUACAAUCUCUAGCUAUUCCACUGCUGCUGUUACUCCUGAGCUUGAGAAGGAUACCAGCCUGGUCAUCGUGUUCCCUACCAACACCAAUGAAAUCAAGGAUCUUAAUAUAUAUGAAAUCCUGAAAGCAACCAACAACUUCAAUCAAGCAAACAUCAUUGGCUGUGGAGGUUUUGGUCUGGUAUACAAGGCAACAUUAGCAAAUGGAACCAAUCUGGCUGUUAAGAAACUCUCAGGAGACUUGGGUUUGAUGGAAAGGGAGUUCAAGGCGGAGGUUGAGGCACUUUCCACUGCUCAACAUGAGAACCUUGUUUCACUGCAAGGGUAUUGCGUGCAUGAUGGUGUUCGUCUAUUAAUGUAUUCCUACAUGGAGAAUGGAAGCUUGGAUUUCUGGUUACAUGAGAAACCUGAUGGUGCUUCCCAAUUAGAUUGGCCAACACGGCUGAAGAUUGCACGGGGAGCAGGGGCUGGAUUGGCUUACAUGCAUCAGAUAUGUGAGCCACACAUUGUGCAUCGUGAUAUCAAGUCCAGCAACAUCCUGCUGGAUGAUAAAUUCAAAGCACAUGUUGCUGAUUUUGGGUUGUCCCGGUUGAUUCUUCCAUAUGAGACUCAUGUUACAACCGAGCUUGUUGGUACCCUUGGUUACAUUCCUCCCGAGUAUGGACAAGCAUGGGUAGCCACUUUAAGAGGAGAUAUGUACAGUUUUGGUGUUGUCAUGCUUGAGCUGCUCACUGGAAAAAGGCCGUUUGAGGUAUGCAAACCAAGGUCAUCGAGAGAUUUGGUUGGUUGGGUACAGCAAAUGAGGAAGGAGGGCAAAGCCGAGGAAGUUUUUGAUCCUCUCCUGAGAGGGAGAGGCUUUGAAGAAGAGAUAUUGCAGGUGCUUGAUGUAGCUUGCAUGUGUGUCAACCAGAACCCUCUUAAGAGACCAACCAUCAAAGAAGUUGUCGAUUGGCUGGAAAAUGUAGGGGCAUCUCACCAUGACUUGAAUAAAGACUAGCAAAAACCUUUUCUUGACACAUCCUAAGAUCUUCAUAUGUAUACUUGCACAUAGAUAUAUCGUUUUGUUGAUGCAGAUUUUCCCAACCUUACCUCUGUAAAUGGUAUUGUUUUGAAGCUCUAUGGAAUCAGUUCUUGUAUUAAACUUAUAAAAGUACAUGUCAUUAGUGAGAAAAUGAAUGCUCUCCAGGCAUACAGGCCAGUCUUUUAGUUCUGCUCA